CCAUCGCGUCCGCCAUCAAACCGGGUUCUGAUGACUCCAAAAUGGCGAAUUGUGUAAGUGCGUCUUCGUCGUCGCGAUGAGCCCCUACGCGGCGUCAUCACUACGUCGGGUCAAGCUGAAAGCCGUCGUUAAUCGCAAUUAGAGCUCCCGGCGACGGUGGGGAGUGAAGAAAAGAAAUCUACGGGAGCGCCUCGAGCACUGGACGAAGAGGAGCGCAGACUCUGCCAUCCGAUACCUGAACAAUGGAGGAAGAACGGCUCGAAACGGAAAACCGGCGCUUGGCUGACCAACUGUCCAAUCAGGUGUCUCAUCUCAAGAGCCUGGCCUAUGACAUUGAACUGGAGACUAAAGAACACAACCGCCUACUUGGAGGACUGGGCUGGGACUUUGACGGAUCUCGAGGCAUACUCUCCGGCAGCAUGGGCCGCGUCAACAAGAUGCUCAAGUCCAACAAGUCCAACCGCCGGCUCAUGUGCUAUGUGAUUCUGGGAGUGGUGGUGCUGGUUCUGCUUGGCUACACACUGGCCAGCAGGGCUACACGUCAGUGAUGUCGCCCGACCAAUGUAAAAAAAAAAAGGCGCGCAUGCAUAAAUUUCGUGUCAGGGAACUCCUCUCUGUCCUGCCUGGUCUGUCCUGGUUUA